GACGGUAGUACAUUUUUAUCGAAAAGAAAACUAGGCAUCUAACUAUGUUGCAUUUUUAGACAAUUACCGCAUUAUGACAUUUCAAGAUUGAUCCAUUUUUAGAUAGUAAUUUAUCUAAAAAAAAUUUCUUUAGAUAAAAAAAGUUUUAUAUUGAAAAACGCUUCUUAAACUUUCAUAUUUUUCCUUCUCCAAAUGUAAAAAGAAAAGAAAGUCGUAGUUGGACUUAAAAACAGAACAAUCAUCAAAUAAUUACAAAAUUGACAUAAUUGGAAAGAAAAUGAGCUGGUAUUCAAUAAUUGUACAAAAAAAAAAAAACAGAUUAUUCCUAAGUAUAGAUAACCAAAACAGAGCACCCUCUUCAUCUUCUUAAGCCAAGCCACCAAUUUAAGUAUCUUCCGAGAACCUUACUUCACAAUAAUACUCCAUGGCAAGCAGCUCACCAUCCCCAAACCAAACUCAAACCCGCCACCGCGACGACGGCCAAGACCACCAUGCCAUCAACAUGGUCACAAUCGACAACUUCCGCUUAGCCUUGAUCAAUCAAAAAAUCAACACUCCACCAAAAAUCCUAAGCAAGGCAGCCGGUCGAGCCACGUGUUCAAUCUUCAAAGUCCCUAAGAGCUUCAACGACGUAAAUGGAAAGCUCUACCAACCACAAAUCAUCUCAAUAGGUCCAUUCCAUCAUAACCAACCUCAUUUACAAAUGAUGGAAGAACACAAGUACCAUUACCUCGGUCAACUCCUCGGUCGAGUCACCCACCUCACCCUCCCGGACCUCUUCAAUGCGGUCGCCCCACUCGGGGCGUCCGCACGCGAAUGUUACUCGGAAGAUAUACCAUUAGAGGAACAACACUUCCUUGAGAUGUUAGUUGUUGAUGGUUGUUUUAUUAUUGAGUUGUUUAGGAAGGUUGCAAAAUUGGUGUUGUUUGAAGAUGAUGAUCCUAUUGCUUCUAUGUCUUGGAUAUUUCCGGCACUUUUGAGGGAUUUACAUAGGUUGGAAAAUCAAAUUCCAUUCUUUGUUUUGCAAUGUUUGUAUGAUUUAACUAGUGGUGAUAAAGAGAGUUGUGGUGAAUUUACUCUUGCUAUGCUUUCUUUGAGCUUCUUCAAUUUUACUAUUCAACGGCCGGACGAAAUUAUUUGGAAGUACAAGGAUCUAAAACCCAAGCAUUUGUUAGAUCUCUUGCGCUCUAGCUUCAUCACCCCAGAAUUAGACCCAGAAGAUCCUUCAAAAGAAAACACAGCUCCUUCACAUGUAAUUCAUUCAGUUUCAAAGCUCCGACAAGCCGGGAUCCAUCUUAGGCCCGGAAAAUCCGAGACCUUCCUAGCAGUCAAGUUUAAACGAGGUGUGAUCGAAAUGCCAAGGGUGACCUUCGACGACUUCCUUAGCUCUUUGUUAGCAAAUUGCGUAUCAUACGAGCAAUGUCACAAUGGUCACUCCACGUACUUCACUACAUACGCAACGUUUGUAGAUUGCCUUGUUAACUCGGCUAAGGACGUGGAGUACCUUUGUGACAAGAACAUUCUAGAGAAUUAUUUUGGAACUGAGGCUGAAAUUGCUACAUUUAUCAACAAUUUGGGCAAGGAAGUAGCAUUCGAUAUCGACCAAUGUUAUUUAGCCAAGUUGUUUGAUGAUGUUAACAUGUAUCAUCAAAAUGAUUGGCAUGUUUAUUGGGCUACAUUGAAGUAUACGUAUUUCAACACACCUUGGUCCUUCAUAUCCAUGGUUGCUGCCUUUGUUUUAUUAGUUUUGACCAUUUUACAAACCCUGUAUACUGUUUAUCCAUACUACAAACCAAGCUAAUUAACUAACUUAGUAGUAUUACUAAUAUCUGUAGAGUAGUAUGUCUUCUCAUUCUUUGUACAAUUCAGUCCUAAUAUAAUGGACACUAGUACUUGUAUUAUUGGUUUUAAAUUUAUUGUUUCAUUUGUAUACGAAUUUUGGACAUAUAAUAAGAUAAUCUCUAUAUAUGAGGCAUAAGCUCAUGAUCUUAG